AUGUGGUUCCUAGUGGCGCUGGGUGUGGUGACCGGCGCUUCGUUGGUACGUUCAGCCGGCUACUGCUCCACAAACACCUUCCCAACGAACACAUCCUCGAUGCACUUCAGCAAAGAACCAGUGCCUUACGAAUACGGCUUCCAGGACAAGUUCAAGAGCAUACACUGCUGCGUCAAAGGAUACAGGAGCAUCGAAUGGUUCAAAGACGGCGUGGCCUACCCGUGGUCGGCAGGGGUUUCCAACUUGAUACUGUAUCCAGAAGCUGCCAAUCAAACCUUGUAUACCAGAAGAGCAGCAAGAUCCGACUCAGGGAACUACACGUGCAAACUCAGCAAUGAAACUCAUAGCGAAACGCAUACCGUCAGAUUGAAUAUACUAGAAAAGCCUACGGACGCGCCCAAAACGAUGUUCAUAUCGAAAGACCAGUGGGUGGAGGAAGACAGUGAGCUCCGUCUGUUCUGCGAGGCUCUCAUCGGUCGUCCAUAUUUAGCGGAUGCCGGUCGGGAUCUUCGUUGGAGGAAGGUUUGGCCGAAUGGUACCGAAGGAGAUUUAUCUCCCUCGCAGACGGAAAUCAAAACAACGAGGGAGGACGUGGAGGACAUCAUCGGCUCCUACCUCACCAUCUCCCGGGUAUCGGCGCAUGAUUACGGAACAUACGUGUGUGUGGUUCACAGUAACGACGUGGUCGCUAGGAGCUACGUCACAGUACAUUAUAAAUAUGCCGGCGGGUCGGGUUGGUGCGGCGGGGCAGGGGUGCCGUGGCGAGCGGUGGCGGCGGGCGGUGCUGCAGGUGUGCUGCUGCUGGUGACCGGCCUGGUGCUGCACAGACGCUGCACUCCUCGCCUGCUGCUCGCUGCGAGACACGCGCGGGCUAGGGCUGCCACCGCUGCGCAUAGAGCGAGAGUGUUAGAGAAGGAGUUCGACGUGUGCGUGUGUUGGACGGCCGUGGACGGGGAGCUGGUCCGUGGCGCGCUGCUGCCGACCCUCGCGCUCAAGUACAAGUACAGGGUACACACGGCGCCGCUCUCCACCACGCCCGACAACUGGUACAGUUCCCUUGUGUGUGAGGUGUCCCGCUGCCGCUCGCUGGUGGCGGUGUUGUCUCCGUGCCAGUACUCCUCACAACAGCUGCUGACGGCCCUCAGACAGCUGCGGGCGUUACCCGUGCCGCCUGUCGUGGUCCUACUACAGGACCUGCCCAAGCUGAAGCGUGAGGCGAAGGAGAGCGGAGAGAGUCUGGUGGAGGUGUUGAGACGGACUCGGCUCGUGGCCUGGAGACACGUGCACGAGCGGGCCUUCUGGACGCAGCUACGACUGGCGCUGCCGCUACCACCCGCCAGGACACAGGAAAAACACGCGGUUGAAACUGAAGAGAGCAAAAACUCUCGCUCGGGAAGUCUGACCGCGCUCGUGUGA